AUCUUUCCUAUUUAUGGCACACAAUUCCUCCCAUUGAAUGCACAACAGUCAUUCAUAACACACAAUUAUAGCGCCGACAUUGACAUAAUGGCUGGUGUUAUGCGAAACGAGGGCUCAAUGUUGGGUCACAUGGAGUACCCAAAGAGUGAUUCCCUGAAAACCAAAGAGGACUUCAAGAGUUUGAUCAAAGCAGUGACCAUCCCAGACCUGGAUGUUGAGAAAAUCACCGCAUUUUACUUGACGGAUGUGGUCGCCAACUCAACCAAUGGCACUAAACAUGCCUUUUGGGAGUUCUUCGGCGACAUAGCCAUCACUUGUCCCACAUAUCUGUUCGCCAAAGAGUUUGCCCAGAAUUCGCCCAAAAAUAAUGUCUACUUCUAUGAGUGGACUCAUCCCUCAUCACUAUUGAGUCCACUAAUGGGCUGUUCCCAGGAAAUGGGUGUCUGUCACGCGGCCGACAUUGAGAUAGUGUUCGGAAUGUCUGUUUUGGUCCAUUCAAAGGACGCAGACUUCAGUAAAUCAGUUAUGCAAAUGUGGACCAACUUUGCUAAGAAUGGUAAACCAAUGGAUGGCACGUCCUAUAAGUGGCCGCGACUUAUAGAGUCCGGUGUUGUGAGUCCGGUGACCAAAAUAAAGGAAAUAAAUCCCACAAAACCGGACACUAUAUUAGAUAAUUUCUUUGAGAAAACU